GUCCACUCCCCUCUCCGUCAAAUCACCACCGACGUACAGAAUGGCUUCCACCGAUCGCAAGGCCUUCGAGGCCGUGUUCCCUUCCCUCGCUGAGGAUCUGCUGGCCCACGCCCGCAAGUAUAACCUGCCCGGCAAUGCCAUGGAGUGGUUCGAGAAGUCGCUCAAUGUCAACACCCCCGGUGGCAAGCUCAACCGUGGCCUCUCCGUGCCCGAUACCGGCCUGGCCCUGCUGAAGAAGCCCCUGACCGAGGAGCAGUUCACCCACCUCAGCAUGCUGGGCUGGCUGACGGAGCUGCUGCAGGCCUUCUUCCUGGUCAGCGACGACAUCAUGGACGGCUCGAUCACGCGCCGUGGACAGCCCUGUUGGUUCCGCCAGUCCGGUGUGGGGUUGAUCGCCAUCAACGACGCCUUCAUGCUCGAGUCCGGCAUCUACGUGAUCCUCAAGAAGCACUUCCGAUCGCACCCCGCCUACGUCGAUCUCAUCGAGCUCUUCCACGAGACCACUUGGCAGACCGAGUUGGGCCAGCUGUGUGAUCUGAUCACGGCCCCCGAGGACCAGGUCAACCUCGACAACUUCUCCAUGGAGAAGUACAUGUUCAUCGUCACCUACAAGACCGCCUACUACAGCUUCUACCUGCCCGUGGCCCUGGCCCUGCUCUACCUGGAGCUGGCCAGCCCCGAGAACCUCAAGCAGGCCCACGACAUCCUCAUCCCCCUGGGCCAAUACUUCCAGGUCCAGGAUGACUACCUGGAUGCCUACGGCGACCCGGCCUUCAUCGGCAAGAUCGGCACCGACAUCCAGGACAACAAGUGCUCAUGGCUCGUCAACCAGGCCCUGCAGCGCUGCUCGCCCGAGCAGCGCCAGGUCCUCGACACGGCUUACGGCCGUAAGGACGCCGACCUCGAGGCCAAGGUCAAGGCCCUGUACCGCGAGCUCGACCUGGAGCGCGUCUACCAGGAGUACGAGGAGUCGACCGUCGGCGACCUGCGGAGCAAGAUCGCCGCCAUCGACGAGACCCAGGGUCUGAAGAGGGAGGUCUUCGAAGCCUUCCUGGGCAAGAUCUACAAGCGCUCCAAGUAGAUCCCUUCUCCUUCAUCAAGACUCUAUUCGGACCCCGAUACCCCUUCCAGCCCUCCCUACCCAGCUCCUCAUACCCCUUGAUGUAAAUUGAUCUGAAUGAAACGAG